CUCCAUUUCUGUCGGUCCGAUGCAGUUAAAACUGCUCGAAGUUUAAACCCAGAGAUAUCUUUCCGACCAAAGCGACGGAGCGGGAUUCGAAUAUCAUCGCACUUUCCGAUUGCAAAAUCUCACCAAUCGACGGCUUGGAUCUUACGGUUUUCUGCAAUUUCCAGCGGUUCAAAACCCACAAAGAGGAAAACGAGGGAGAAGAUCGCGUUUUAUGGUGGAUUUUGAGCGGAAAUUUGAAAUUUUCUGCUUCAGAAACCCCUAGAAAACCCCUAGAUUUGGAGCAGGAAGUUUCAUUGCUUAGCUUCUCGCUUUAGUUUCAGUUAUCAUUUUAGGUCUUCAAUGGUAGAUGUUGUGAUUCUCGAUGAAUCUUCCAUGGACGGCUUGGAUCAAUCAGAAAAAGAUCAGAAGAAAUGUGUUAAAAAAUCAUGUAAGCGAAAGAGAUCUUCGGUUGAUGAGAGCGUGAGCAGCACGGAGAGAGAAUCUCUUGUUGCUAGAUUUCAUCGAGAGGUCGAUGGAUUGUAUGCAUAUUUCAAGGAGGUUAUGCAUGAAAAGAUGCAAUUGGAAGAGAGCGGUUGCACUUCAAGUAAUUCGCAGAUUGCUUGCUUGCUCGAAGAGAGUCGUCUUCCUUUCUCAAAGUUGGUGGAGGAGAUAUAUGAAAGGUUGAAGUCAAGAGAGGGCACUACGUUGGCAUCUGUGUGCAGCAGUGUGCUUUCAGUUGGGCAGAGAUCGAUGUUUGGCAUUGCUAAUGCAGACUCCAAUGUUUUGGAAGAUGACUCUGAGUUGUGCCUGUGGUGCUGGGAGACAAGAGACAUGAAGCUGUUACCCAAAACUCAACGUGGGAUUUUGAACAUUCGGCGCAUUUGCCGGAAGAAAAUCUAUGAGAGGAUCAGUGCUCUUUCCGUUAUGUUAUCAGCACUAUCAAUGCCAGAAAGUCAGGAAGACUACAAAACUAUUCUGACAAAAGCAUCAGAAAAGCUUGGGAGAUCAUUAAGUGAGGCAGAGAUCCGUUCUCUGGUUGGACACUUGAUACAGAAGAACAAUGCUGACAUGGCUGAAAAAGAAGUGAAAUUAAAAGAGAAAGAGUUAAUUAAGGAUAUGGAGAGAAAUAAGCGGGAAGUUGAGAAGGAAAAGAAACGAAAGGAUCGUGAGCUGCAGAGGGAGAAAUGGCAAAGUGAGAAGGAACUCAAGCGUCUGAGAGAUGAAGCUGAGAAAGAAGAACGUCGUCGCGAGAAAGAAGAAGCUGAAUUGAAGAAGCAACUUAAGCGGCAACAGGAUGAAGCUGAGAAGGAUCAACGGCGUCGGGAGAAGGAAGAAACUGAAUUCAAAAAGCAGCUGGCCAUAAAAAAGCAAGCUUCAAUCAUGGAGCGUUUUCUUAAAAGUAAAAAGAAUAAUUCAGAUGUCCAGGAUAACAUGAUGUCAUCGAAAGCCUCAGAGCCAGAUUCUUUUGGGAAAAGUGAGGAGAAACUUAAUGCAAUCACAUUGUCAAUGGAUUGCGCCCUUUCUCAGGGUGAUGGUGUUUGCACCAAUGACCUUCUCAAGUCACACCUGGUUACCUGGAAUAAGCUGAGUCACUCUCUUCGCAACCAUAGAUCACAUUGGGGUGUUCGGCACAAACCCAAGAUUUCACCUAUUAAGGAACUUAAGUUACAGGGACCAUCCUCUGAAGUUGAGCUUUCUGGAAAAGUAACCACUCUGAAUAAAGGACUUGACAGCAGCGAGGUAAAGGACAACAAUGAGCCGAGUUUGGAGAAGCUUGUAGGUGGUUGGGAUGAAACUGUCAUGGAAGAUAAAUCAUGCCAUAUUAAUGCUGAUAAUGCUCUAACCAGCAUACAGUCAUGCAAUAAAACUAAAAAGCUUUUGCAGUUUGAUAAGAGCUACAGGCCUGCAUAUUAUGGCACCUCGUCUAGGAAAAGUGAUGUCAUUGGACCUCACCACCCUUUUAAGAAGGACCCUGAUUUAGACUAUGAUGUUGAGAGUGAUGAGGAAUGGGAAGAGGAGGACCCGGGUGAAAGCCUCUCUGACUGUGACAAAGAUGAUGAGGAAGAAAAUCCAGAAGAAGGCAUUCUCAAGGAUGACGAUGAUGAUGGAAGUGAAGACAGCUUCAUGGUACCUGAUGGUUAUCUCUCAGAAAAUGAGGGUGUUCAAGUUGAUAGCAUGGAUUCUGAUAUUGCAGAUGAUGACACAAGUAUGCCAAGUUGUAAGCAAGAUGUUGAAAGUGAUGAAUUCAGAGCUUUGUUCCGACACCAAAAGUAUCUCUACAACUUGACUGAGAAUGCUCUCCGGAGGAACCAGCCAUUGAUCAUAUCAAAUCUAAUGCAUGAAAAAACCUCGUUGAUGAUCACUGAAGAUCUCAGUGGCAGUUCUAAGAUUGAACAGAUCUGUUUGCAAGCUCUAAGCAUGCGGUCUUGUCCUGGAGGGACAUCUAUAAUAGAUCUAUCAACAGAUGCUAUCGUGUCAUCUGAGGAUAAAGAGGUAUGCCAGUCACAGAGUAAGAGUGAUGCUAAACCUGCAGUAGCUGGAGUAGCUAUACUGGAUUCGGACUUGCCUGAAAUUGUUUCAUGUAUCCAGUCGUGCCCCCAUGGGAUAAAUAAGGUGGUAGAAUCCUUGCAAAGGAAGUUCCCUGCAGUUUCGAAACUGCAAUUACGAAAUAAAGUGCGGGAGAUAUCAGAUUUCAUGGAUAAUCGCUGGCAGGUUAAGAAAGAGAUUUUGGACAACCUUGGCUUAUCAAUCUCUCCAGACAAAAGCAUUGUCAAAAGAAAAGGAAUCGCAACUUUUUUCUCAAAACGGUGUCUGCCUCCUUCAGGUGAAACCAUUAAUGUGCCGGAAUCCUCUCUUCAGCCAUGCUGUAAACUUGAGUCCUGUCAGGAUGGAAACAGGUACAUAGAGAAUGAAACAGAGCCAUAGUGUGUUUUGCUUGAUAUGCUUUUGAUGUAUGUGGGUUGGAUGUGUUUUGGGGUAAUCUAUGAAGGGGACAUUGGAUAUGUAUGCAUAGAUGCCAUGCUGGCUGGUGGAUGUCACCUCACCAUUUUUUGGAUAUAGGAGAAAAGGUUUAGAAUUCCUGUUUAGUCAUCCUAUUGCAACAUGAUAGAUUGGGACUUUAGUGGUUGGAACUUGUAAAAAAAUGACUUAUAUUGGAAGAUCCUAACCAUCCACUCUCAUGGUUGGUGAAAUGGAUGCCCAUAUGAUCAUACUCCAAAAAGGCCAAGACGGUCCUUUCAUUGAUUUAGAUCACUUAUCAUAUGGCUCCACUUUUGGUUGCCCGUAAUAUAAGAAAACACUUUGUUGGA